GUGGCUACCUAGGUCCCUACAAACAACCUGAUUGCCAUCCAGGGACACAAGCACUUGUUGGUGUCACUAAGCUAAGAUGGUGUUCCCUGGCUUCUGGUGGCUCCUGUCUGCCUGUCUUCUGUCCUGGUGUUGCAACACCUGGGAGCUUGAGGAUCAUGACCGGGAGUCAGAAUCAUCACUAACCCCUCUGGUGAUGUACUUUCAGAAAGGAGAACUGAGUCACACAGAGCUCAUGAAGUUUCUUAAAAAGACAAUCCCUGGAAUUUAUAUUGUGCCUCUAGAGAUUGGGAAGAACAUGAUGCAGGAUAUGGAGAACAAGGUCUUGAAUGCCAGUUCUGAACUAUGCCAGAUUCUUGCUGAGGAUCCUAAACUGCGUGAAGGUUACAUUGCUGUUACAUUCUUCAAGAAACUCAGGAUCCUGGGAACAGGAAGGAGUUUUCUGAGAGAUGCCAAAUACCUCCCAUGAAAGAUAUAAUCUUAAUUUCUGUCAAAUCACUUAAAGGGGUGAUGAAGCGAAUUUCCAGCCAUUUUAACCAACAGUGAUUGGCCCCAAGACAAGGCCAUGGUGUGUGCAGAGCAUCGUGAACACAGCUGUGCUCUGCAUCCCAUUGUGACUCCUGAGACACAGUCCAACUGCAAAAGGCCAACACUGUCAACAAAGAAGAACUAGUCACUUGCUUAAGCACACAGCUCCCCUUCCUCUCUCCUCCUCCUAGCUUGGUGAAAGGAUCCUAGUCUGUAAGAGAUGCAUGCUUGCUUAGUGUGAGCUCUUCUCAUGUUCUCUGAAAUAAACACGCCUGCAUUUGAA